CUUGUGAUUAGGUUACUUUCUCGCUGACUCUUUGGGAUUUGCUUCAGUGUGAUUAGGUUACUUUCUCGCUGACUCUUUGGGAUUUGCUUCAGCCUCAACAGAUAAUAUUGCUUAAGGAUGUCUUGGACCAAGUUGCGAGUUUGUAUUGUGGAAUCUGAUCAACUUCGCAUCAGAUGGCAGGAGGAGUCUCUCCAUUCCUACAGCAUUCAGAUCAGUAUUUUGAAAGAGAAAAACAAGCGCCUCAAGCUGAAGGGAAAUAACGAUUUAACUGAUGAAGAUAGAAAGGAGUUGAAGGAGAUGAAGGAAAACAUUCAUGACCUCGGACAACAACGAUAUGUUGCAUCUACAAAAGCGAAACAGAGUUUAAAAGAACUGAAAGCUAUGGAGGAAGAAAUUCGGUUUGCUGUCGAUCAUCUAGGUAAAGAAAUUUUUUUGAAGAUGUCGGGAAUAGAAGACAUCAUUGCUGUUGGUUGGAUAAAGAAGAAGGCCAAAGAAACCAACCUGAUUAUCACUCUUGGCACGUCAUUCAAACAAGCCAACAUUGCAUUAUUGGAUAGGUUAGCGGUAGAUCUAUUAGGUAUGAAACGUGGUGAUCUCAAAGUUGAUGCUGCUUACCGGUUGAUAAAAGGAGAGUUUAAAAAGAUUGAUGAAGCAACUGCUAGGAAGGCUGGAUUUGACCAUGCCCUUUAUGACAAUGAGGGGGUGGAGGAGGUGUCUGAGGAAGAGGAGUCUGACUCUCCUAAUGAUGACUGAAAUGUUUUCUGCUUUGUUCAUGUGAAACAGUCUACUUUAUAUUUACUUUAUGUUUUUGAAAUUUCCUAUUGUGAUUACUCUGAUUUCUAAGUGGUAACUAAUGUCAGUUUAAUUGCUUUAUUUGGAUGUUUACUGUUUAUGCUA